CCCUUACAGCUGUCUGCACCACACAUAAAAUUAGACCCCCAGACGGUCAUACAGUAGACUCCAGAAGACAGACAUAUGCAGGAGAUGGACUCAAGUUCCAGUCUUUACUUUGGAAGUUGUACAGGUUGCAGUAAAACUGUGUGGAUUGAUGAGAAAGCCUGCCGAGCGAUGGGACGCUUGUUCCACCACACUUGUUUCACCUGCAGCGUUUGCAGUAAAAAGCUCAGUGGCAAGCCAUUUUAUACAGUGUCCGGAAGAAUCUACUGUGAGGACGAUUUUUUGUACUCAGGAGUUCAUCCACCUGCAGAAGUGUGUACCAGCUGUGGGUAUUUAAUCAUGGACAUGGUCUUGCAGGCUCGUGGGAAGUCCUACCACCCGUCCUGUUUUCGUUGUGUGGUCUGCAGACAGAGCCUGGAGGGUCAGCCCUUCUCUGUGGGUACAGACAGCAGGGUCUACUGUAUCAGUGACUACCACAAGAUCCGAGCUCCUCUGUGUGCUACCUGCAGGGUGCCAAUACUGCCGACUGAGGGGUCUACAGAGUCUAUUCGAGUGGUGUCAUUAAACAGGAAUUACCAUGUAGAGUGCUACAGUGGUGCGGUUAACCUCAUCUGAGAGCAGAAGCAGGUUUUUCUGGUCUUGUUGUCAA